AUGUCAACUGCAACAUCUGUCCAUCCCCAAGUUGUGGAUGGGUUAGCAUUAACAGAGAUAUUCCAUGGGUUAACCUCGAGUUCAGAAGAAGAGAGACUCAGGUAUGCACAGGAACUAUUCAAUUAUUUAUCAUCGAUAGCUCGGGAUUUGACAAGUGAACAAUUCAAUAGAUACAAUAAUGACAUUAAUAAAACCAUUUUUGACCUUUUACAUAGAGAUAAGACUUCUGAGGUUUUGGGUGGGAUAGCUGCUCUCAAUACAUUGAUUGAGUUUGACUCAGGUGUUGGCAAAGAAAAUGCUAGUAAGACAGCGAGAUUCUCCAAUUACCUUGGUUCUUUGAUUUUAUCCAACGACUUGGUGAUUAUGAGACAGGCUACAAGAACUUUAGGGAGGUUGGCUACCCUUGGUGGAAAUUUGACGGGAGAUUUUGUGGAUUAUGAAGCAAAAAGGGCAAUCGAGUGGCUCCAAAGCGACAGCAGGCAGCACGAAAAUCGAAGACAUGCUGCAAUAUUAAUAAUUACUGCAUUGGCGGAUUAUGCGCCAACAUUGCUUUACUCAUUGACCAGCCAGAUUUUCGAAAAUUUGUGGUCCCCAUUACGUGAUUAUAAACUUAUUAUUAGAUUAGAUGCAGCAGUGGCAUUGCAGAAAUGUAUGCUGAUACUUUACAAUAGGGAUCCUACAGCACGGCUGUUUUGGAUUAGGAAAUUGAUUGAUCUUGCAUCGGAGAUUUUGAGUCAAAACAAUGGUGGCUAUGAGGGUGGUGACAACCAGAGCUCAUACAAUUUAGUCCAUUCCAAUUCUCAAUCAACCGAGAACAUACAUGGAUCAUUGCUCGUGUACAGAGAGUUGCUACAAUACCACAACGAUCCAUUCAUUGUGUCACGCUUCGAAGUCAUGUACGAAAAUACAAUAUUAUACAAACAUCAUAAACUGCCGAUUAUAAGACAAGAAUUAGCGAACGUCAUCCCCUUGUUGUGCAAAGUCAACACUGAGCUUUUUGUUGAAAAAUACCUUCAUCGUACCUUUUAUUACUAUUUGUCUCAGUUGAAAAAGUACAAAAACCAGCAUGGCGAAGUUGCUAACUCUGAUAAAAGUGCCAUAUUCCGAAGCAUUGGUUUAAUAUCAUUGCAAGUUGGCAAUCAAACAGCAACAUAUUUAGAUGCAAUUUUGGACAACAUUAGAGAGGGGUUGGCAUAUACCUCAAGUUCAGGCGUUCAACUGAUUUUGGCAAAUGCAACGGCACAAAAUGAAAAUCUAAAUGUGAUUUCGGCAAACAUUGCUUCAUUAUCAUCAGGAUCCAAAUACACAGCGAGUAGGAAAGAGACAGAGCCAGCAAUAUUUGACUGCAUAGGAAAAUUAUCUAUAGCAGUCGGUCCUGCUUUAACCAAGCACUUGCAACGAGACAUUUUGGAUAUGAUGUUUGCCAACUGUUCCCUCUCCAAGCACAUGCAGGAUGUCUUGCAGACGUUGAUUACUAACAUACCAACAUUGACCAAUGUGAUAAAUGAGAAGCUAUUGAAUUUAUUGAGUUUGGUUUUAUCCGGUAGAGGUUUCCAACCUCCUGGUUCUCCUUAUGGGACAAUAAAGGUUAAACAAAAUUUGGCAAAGAAUUGUCGUCUCAUCAUGAUUUCGAGAGACACAGGUAUGAGUAUUAACUCCAUCAAAUCCGAUCCUAAGCGAUAUGAAAAAUUGGAUAACGCUAUUAUAGUCCAGGCUUUGGAGAUGUUAGCUGCGUUUGAAUUUGAAAAUUAUCAAUUGAAUGAGUUUGUACGAUUCUGUACCAUCACGUACCUUGAAAGUGAGAGUCCGAGGGUAAGGCUCACUGCGACACGUACUUCUUGUGAAAUCUUUGUCAAAGAUCCCAUUUGUCUGCAAGUGAGUAUCAAUGCAUUAAAUGCUGUAAAUGAAGUAUUGGGAAAGCUUUUAGCUAUAUCAAUUACAGACCCUGUACUCGAAAUUAGAAUUGCUGGUCUCGACGCUAUUUCAAACGCAGGCAAUUUCGACCCUCAAUUAUCUCAGGCUGAUAAUGUAAGGCUACUUUUCAUUGCCUUGAAUGAUGAAAUCUUUGAGGUUAGGAGAAUUGCAAUGAAGAUUUUGGGGAGAUUGUCUUCUAUUAAUCCAGCUUAUAUUGCACCUUUUUUGAGAAAAACACUAAUUCAACUCUUGUCGAAACUUGAGUAUUCUACGACAAGCCGAAAGAAGGAGGAAACUGCUAUGCUAUUGUCCACACUUAUCAGUAGCUCAAAAGAGUUGACUAGACCAUACGUUAAACCUAUUGUUGAAGCAUUAUUACCAAGAGCUAAAGACGCUAGCUCAUCGGUUGCAUCAAGUGCAAUCAAAUGUCUUGGAGAUCUCGCUGUUGUUGGUGGAGAAGAUUUAAAGCCAUUCAUACCCAGUGUGAUGCCCUUGAUUCUUGAAACAUUCCAAGAUCAGAGCUCCUCGUACAAGAGAGACGUUGCUUUGAAAACUUUGGGACAGUUGUCUUCUUCUUCUGGCUACGUUAUCCAGCCACUACUUGAUUAUCCACAGCUUCUUGGUAUGUUAGUUGCUAUCUUGAAGUCCGAUAACUCCAUACAAAUUCGAAGGGAGACAGUUCGACUUUUGGGUAUAUUGGGAGCCUUAGACCCAUACAAGCAUAGAGAAGUUGAGCAAAGUUCGAAGAGCAUACCGGCAGAGCAGAAUGCACCACCAGUUGACGUUGCAUUGCUUAUGCAGGGCAUGUCACCCUCGAAUGAAGAGUACUACCCAACGGUGGCGAUCACAAAUUUGAUGAAAAUCUUAAAAGAUCCUUCGUUAAGUGUACAUCAUACAAAGGUGAUUCAAUCCAUCAUGUAUAUUUUCCAAACACUAGGCCUCAGAUGUGUGACAUUCUUACCUCAGAUUAUACCUGGGAUCAUCAACGGUAUGCACACAUGCCAACAAUCGAUGCUCAAAUUUUAUUUCCAGCAGUUGGGAGAUAUUAUCCUAAUUGUCAAACAACAUAUAAGACCAUUUUUAGACGACAUUUUCAAGGUAAUUAAGGAGUUCUUUUAUGUCAACACACAGUUGAACUUGCAGGUUACCAUCAUCAAUGUUAUUCAAUCUGUAUCAAGAGCAUUGGAAGGGGAGUUUAAAAUGUACCUAUCAGAUGUUCUCACAUUACUACUCGGAGUGUUUGAAGAUGAUAAAUCUGCAAAGAAAGUGUCUUCACUACAUGUUUUGAAGAGCUUUGUCAUCUUCGGGCAGAAUAUAGAGGAAUUCGUGGAUAUCAUUGUUCCCACAGUAGUAAAAAUGUUUGAGGUUGGGCCAUUGGAACUUCGCAAAGCCGCAAUAGAUACAGUUGGAAAACUAUCGAGGAAUGUGAUGUUGAAUGACAUGUCUUCGAGAAUUAUUCACCCUAUCUUGAGGUUAUUGAACCUGGGUCCCGAAGAAUUGAGGGGACCCUGUAUAAAUACAUUGAAUCAUAUGCUUCUUCAAUUAGGUUCAGAAUUUGCAGUUUUUGUACCAAUAAUUCAAAAGACGUUGAUGCAAAAUAAGAUUCAAGCACCCAAGUUUGAGCAGCUUGUCGGCAAGCUUUUGAAUGGAGAUCCAUUACCAUUAUACUUGGACCUGUAUAAGGACUACGACCGCGGAGUGUAUAAUGCGGAGGACUCUGAAAUGCCCCUGAAGAAACUUCCUGUCAACCAAGCUGUAUUGAAAGCAGCUUGGGACGCAAGCCAACGAAGAACCAAAGAAGACUGGCAAGAGUGGAUUGGACGAUUGAGUAAGGAGUUGCUAUUACAAAGUCCAUCUCAUGCAAUUAGAGCCUGCGCGGGUCUCGCAGCUGAUUAUUAUCCAUUGGCAAAGGACUUGUUCAAUGCAAGCUUUGCCAGUUGUUGGAGUGAGUUAUAUUCGCAGCACAAAGAGGAGCUAGUUCAAUCCUUUUGUAUCGCUCUCUCAUCUCCUACAAACCCACCAGAAAUUCAUCAAAUAUUACUCAAUUUGGCAGAGUUUAUGGAGCAUGAUGAUAAAUCUCUUCCCAUUGCUAUAUCUACUUUAGGACAAUAUGCGCAGCGGAGUCACGCUUUUGCAAAAGCGCUACAUUACAAAGAGUUGGAAUUUUAUGAAGAGCCUACAACACCAACUAUUGAAUCCUUAAUAAGCAUCAACAAUCAACUUCAACAAUCGGAUGCAGCCAUUGGUAUUUUGAAGCAUGCUCAAUUACAUCACGAUCUUCAGCUCAAGGAGACUUGGUACGAAAAGCUUCAUCGUUGGGAUGAUGCGUUGAAAGCAUACAACGAAAGAGAAAAAACUGAACCUGAUAACAUGGAAAUUACCAUGGGUAAGAUGAGAUGUUUCCAUGCUUUGGGAGAGUGGGAACAAUUGUCCGAGUUGGCUCGUGCUAAGUGGGACAACUCUUCAAGUGACAUUAAACGAAACGUAGCACCAUUAGCUGCUGCCGCCGCGUGGGGAUUAGGUCAAUGGGAUAGAAUGGAUUCUUGUAUCAAAGUAAUGAAGGCUGCUUCACCAGACAAGGCCUUCUUCAAUGCGAUCUUGAGCUUACAUAGGAACAAUUUUGAGGACGCUUCAGAACACAUACUGAAAGCCCGUGACCUUUUGGUUACAGAGAUUACUGCUCUUGUUAGUGAAAGUUACAGCAGUGCCUACGGUGUUGUAGUUCGGGUUCAGAUGUUAGCCGAGUUGGAGGAAAUCAUUAAAUACAAAUGCUUGCCACAAGGAUCUGAGAAAAGGGCAGUCAUGCGUAAGACAUGGAACACUAGGCUACUUGGUUGUCAGAGAAAUGUUGAUAUAUGGCAACGUAUGCUAAAGGUUAGAGCUUUGGUGAUAAAGCCAAAACAAGAUAUGGAUAUGUGGAUCAAGUUUGCUAACCUUUGUAGAAAGUCGGGCAGGUUGAAUUUGGCUGAAAAGUCUUUGAAUUUACUAUUGGAAGAGGGAACUCCUGAUAAUCCUUCACGCGCACCACCACAAGUUGUGUAUGCUCAGUUGAAAUACAUGUGGGCAAAAGGGCAAAGGCCUGAGGCCUUGCGGCAUUUGGUUGAUUUCACCACCAGAAUGUCUCAAGAUCUAGGUCUAAAUCCAAAUGAUUUGAUUACCCAACCAUUACCAACAGAAGGACCGGGAGUUCCGAAGCACGUUGAAGAAUACACCAGACUCUUAGCUAGGUGCUUUUUAAAACAAGGUGAAUGGCAGAUAGCUUUGAAUAAUAAUUGGCGAUCAGAAACGUCCGAAAUCAUUCUCGGUGCCUAUUUGUUGGCAACACAUUUUGACAGCAAAUGGUACAAAGCUUGGCAUAAUUGGGCGCUAGCAAAUUUUGAGGUCAUUUCGUUGUACACAAGUCAAAAGGAGGCUAGCAAUAAAAUGGAGACUUUGAAUGAGGGAGAAAGAGUUGACGGUGGUGAUGAAGGUGCUUUGCAGCGGAGAGCUUCGAAAAGCGAACAGUUUCCACAAAAUAAUCAGAUUACAAACCUUGAUAUACCAAUGGAAGCAGUUCAGAGGCACGUUAUCCCAUCUAUAAAGGGCUUCUUCCAUUCCAUUGCAUUAUCUAACUCAAAUUCACUCCAGGAUAUGCUCCGUUUGCUAACAUUGUGGUUCAAAUUUGGAGGAAUACCCGAGGCUGCUCAAGCCAUGACAGAGGGAUUCAAUAUGGUUAAAAUUGACAACUGGCUAGAGGUAGUGCCACAACUCAUUUCUCGAAUCCAUCAACCCAACGAAGUGGUAAGUAGAUCCUUGUUUGGACUUUUGACAGACUUGGGUAAGGCACAUCCUCAGGCAUUGGUUUACCCCUUGACAGUGGCGAUAACUUCCGAGUCUGCUAGUCGUAAAAAAGCAGCCCAGUCAAUAAUCGAAAAAAUGAGAUUUCAUUCCGCUAGUUUGGUAGAUCAGGCUGAAAUUGUGAGUACGGAAUUGAUUAGAGUUGCCGUCUUGUGGCACGAACAAUGGUAUGAAGGUUUGGAAGAUGCUUCGAGAUUGUUCUUUGGUGAGCGUAAUACGUCGAAAAUGUAUGAGGUAUUGGAACCCUUACAUCGUAUGUUACAAAAAGGACCUGAGACUAUGAGGGAACAGGCUUUUGCCAAUGCGUUUGGAAGGGAGUUGGCGGAUGCUUUUGAGUGGGUAUUAAACUUCAGAAGAACUAAGGACAUGACAAACUUGAAUCAGGCUUGGGACAUUUAUUACAAUGUGUUUAGAAGAAUCACAAGACAAUUACCUCAAUUGGUGACUCUCGAGUUGCAAUUUGUUUCGCCAUUGUUGGAUAAAGCUCGAGACUUGGAACUAGUUGUUCCGGGUACUUAUGAAGCAGGAAAACCGGUCAUACGAAUUAUGAAAUUCGAUCCUACAAUUUCCGUUAUCUCGUCCAAACAGAGGCCAAGAAAGCUUUCCUGCAGAGGAAGCAAUGGAAAAGAUUAUCAAUACCUUUUGAAAGGCCAUGAAGAUAUUCGACAGGAUAAUCUUGUGAUGCAGUUGUUUGGCUUGGUCAAUACAUUAUUAGUCAAUGAUCCUGAGUGUUUCAAGAGACAUUUAGACAUCCAAAGAUACCCAGCAAUUCCACUCUCACCUAAAGUUGGUUUACUAGGCUGGGUACCCAAUAGUGACACGUUUCAUAUGCUCAUAAAAGGCUAUAGAGAGUCUCGAAACAUUAUGUUGAAUAUUGAGCAUCGUUUAUUAUUGCAAAUGGCGCCGGAUUAUGAUAUUUUGACAUUGUUGCAGAAGGUGGAGGUAUUUGCAAGCGCCUUGGAUAACACUAGGGGUCAGGAUUUGUAUAAGGUUUUAUGGUUGAAAUCAAAAUCAUCAGAGGCUUGGUUGGACAGAAGGACCACUUACACAAGAUCCUUGGCGGUGAUGUCGAUGGUGGGGUACAUCUUGGGUCUUGGUGAUAGGCAUCCUUCUAAUUUGAUGCUUGACAGGAUCACAGGUAAAGUUAUCCAUAUCGAUUUUGGUGAUUGUUUCGAAGCAGCAAUUUUGCGAGAAAAAUACCCUGAGAAAGUACCAUUUAGAUUAACGCGUAUGUUGAAUUAUGCAAUGGAAGUGAGCGGAAUAGAAGGAUCAUUCAGAAUUACGUGCGAACAUGUAAUGAGAGUUUUGAGAGACAAUAAGGAAUCAUUGAUGGCAAUUUUGGAAGCAUUCGCAUAUGAUCCUUUGAUUAACUGGGGUUUUGAUUUCCCCACAAGAGUGUUGGCAGAAACCACGGGAAUAAAGGUUCCCCAGAUCAACAUUGGCGAGUUGUUGAGAACGGGACAGAUUGAUGAGAACGAAGCAGUUAGACUUCAGAAACAAAACGAAUUGGAAAUUAGAAACGCAAGAGCAGGUUUGGUUUUAAAGAGGAUUACAGAUAAGCUUACAGGUAAUGACAUUAAAAGGCUCAAAGGCUUAGACGUGCCCACUCAAGUUGACAAAUUGAUACAACAGGCAACGAGUGUAGAAAAUUUGUGUCAACAUUAUAUCGGUUGGUGUUCAUUUUGGUGA